AUGAACCUGAACGCUUUGUUCCAGCAAAUACAGUUCACGGAGAAGCAGGCGAGGGAGAAGAGGAGCUUCAUCCAACAAGCUAAAUGCGACAUAAAUAGAAGUUAUAAAAAAAUUAACCAAAUAAAAGAAGAGCUGAGCGCUGCAAAAGUUAACUUAGAAACCAAGGUUCAGCAUCUUUCUGUAAAGCAGUUCAAUGUAGAAAUUCUGAAGAAACGUGAAGACAGCUUAGAAAAACAAAAAGCUGAACUUAUUAAUCAAAGAACCAGUCUUCUUAAAAUCAUGGCAGAUGCAAAGAGAAAAAUUGCUGAAGAGGAAGAUAAUUUUACCAGAGAAAUAACAGAGUUUAACAAUGAAUAUGGACUAACAAGUAAUAGAGAUCUUCAUGUUAAAAAGAAAGUCAAGACUGAAAUAAAUGAUUUAGAGAAUGAGGCAGCUCUGUUGAAAAAUGAAAUGGAGUCAAUGGAACAUAAAAAUGUUCAGUUAAAUGCACUCCAGCUGCAGAAGAAUGAAUUAAAGCAGGAUUUAUUUACUCUCCAAAGUGAGCUCAAAGACCUUGAGAAAGUAAUCAGGGAAGCAGAAAGAAUGACAAAAGAUUUAGAAGCAGAAAAAGUCCAAGUCACUGAAAAACCUCAGACUGAUCCUGAAUGUUUAAGACUUAAGCAAGAGUUGGAAAAAUGCAAAGGUGAUAGUUGGGAAAGUGUCUGUGAGACUCUUCAAACAGAAAUUGAAAUUCUGCAAAUGAAUUUAUCACAAAAGAAGUCUUCAGGGAAAUGA